UUUUUGAAUAAAAAUUUCACACCAUUUUCCACGUACGUCCCCCCACGCAUCCCCAAUCGCUAUUGUUUUUCGCUUGAUCUUCGAUUCACUCUCUCAUGCCUCUCACUUCACUUCCCCUGUUUCCCUCUCACUUCUUUCUCUCUAUAUCCAUGACACAGCUUGAACGCACACUGUCUCUAAAUUCACGAUUCAGCUUUGAACUCUCUCUCUCUCUCUCUCUCUCUCUCUAAAUUUACAGUUCAGCAUUGAAGUCUCUCUCAAAAUUCACGGUUCGGAUUUCAAUUCUCUCUCUCCACCCUCACACGAGAAAGCCACAAAAGAAAGAAUUCAAGAAGCUCUCAUUUUGGUUAUCUGGUGUUACAGUCGUCUUCUCUGCACAUAGAAUAUAGAAGCCGAGUGCUUGUAGCAGCGAUUGAGUAGCGGACUGUUUUACAAACUGCAACAUACCCCAUCACCAUCCAUGGCCUUAUCCUGUGGUGCUGGGGCACUUGCUAUGGGGGGUACACCGUUCAGUGGCCAUGCAUUAGAUGCCGCCCACGUGCAGAGGGCUGCCGGCAUCGCGGACAAGUCGGCAGGGUGCACAUCCCCACAUCCGAAUUUUGGUUGCGUGAUUGCGAGGGGAGAGCGUGUAGUAGGGGAGGGGUUCCUUUAUGCGCAGGGCACCAAAUGUGCGGAACUGCAGGCGGUGGAGAUGGCCGGAGGGGAGCUGUGCAAGGGUGCCACUGCAUACCUUAACUUAGAGCCGGGCGAUUGCCAUGGCGAUGACAGUGCCUUAUCUGCUCUCAUCCAGGCAGGAGUUUCGAGAGUUGUUGUGGGUCUCAGGCAUCCUUUGAGACAUUUUCGAGGGAAAGCAAUCCAUUCAUUAAGAAGUGAAGGUCUGCUGGUUGACGUGCUUGGGGAAGACAUGCGAAGUAAAAUUAUUGAGGAUGCUCUGAAAUCCUGCCUUGUAGUAAAUGCUCCUUUACUCUAUAGAGCUGCUUAUGGAAUUCCAUAUUCUGUCCUCAAAUACGCAAUGACCCUAGAUGGAAAGAUUGCAUCAAGCAGUGGCCAUGCAUCAUGGAUUAGCAGUAAGCUCUCCAGGCAACGAGUAUUUGAAUUACGAGGCAGAAGUGACGCUGUCAUUGUUGGUGGCAAUACACUGCGCCGUGAUGAUCCAAGAUUAACGGCUAGACAUGGGGGUGGCCAUUUGCCUAUAAGAAUUGUCAUGUCACAAUCUUUGAAUCUUCCUGAAGUUGCAAACCUCUGGGAUGUCUCUGUUGCACAUACAAUAGUUACGACACAAAGAGGGGCUCGCAAGAGUUUCCAGAAAUUACUCGCAUCAAAAGGUGUUGAAGUAGUAGAGUUCGACAUCUUAAACCCUAGGGAUGUUAUGGAGUAUUGCUAUGAUCGUGGUUAUCUUUCUAUUUUGUGGGAAUGUGGAGGUGGUUUAGCUGCUCCUGCUAUUGCAUCUGGUGUUAUUCACAAGGUGUGUGCAUUUGUUUGCCCAAAGAUAGUUGGUGGACUGAAGGCACCUACUCCUGUUGGUGAACUUGGAAUGGUCGAGAUGUCUCAAGCGCUCAAUUUGACUGAUGUUUCUUUUGAGCAGAUUGGUCCAGACAUGCUCAUAAGUGGAUUCCUGCAGCCCAUUCCUGAUUUGACACCUGUGAUUCCAACUCUAGGUGAUACAUCUUCCAUAGAUCCUACAUUAAAUCCCUAUGAUGCGAACAUAAUUUUCUUUUACAAGACAUGGGAUCCAUAUGGAGCUCUUUCAAACUUUUCUUCACAUCCUUUGCACAUGCCUGAUGAGAAUGGAGUCUAUAUCACUUGGCAGAGUGUGGAGCAUUAUUAUCAGGCGAACAAGUUUGUGGGUGUUGAUGAUCCAAUAGCAAGAGCUUGUGUGGGAGAAAUAAAAUCCACAGGAAGCCCAGAGGAAGCUGCGCGCAUUGGAAGGACAUCAGAGAGACAACACCCUCAUUUGAUGAGAGCUGACUGGGAUACUUUGAAGAUCAAUGUCAUGUACAAGGCUCUCAAGUGCAAGUUCUCCACCUACCCUCAUCUUAAGUCUCUCUUGCUUUCUACUGUUGGAUCUGUUCUGGUUGAAGCUUCACCACAUGAUCUUUUCUGGGGUGGGGGUCGAGAAGGAGAAGGGUUGAAUUAUCUUGGCCGCUUGCUGAUGCAGAUACGAUCUGAAUUUCUUGGAUGCCCGUUCACUCUAAAGCUAUGCACUUUGCUAGAAACACACUGUGAAGAACUAGACGAUUCGAUGAAGAUGAGAGAGAAAGAGGGUUCAAUCCAAUGCAAAUGCUCACUAGGAGAGAGGGAGAGUUUUAGAUCGAGUUGUCGAUUAGGUAAAUGCUCACUAACAGCCUGUUUGAUAAAUGAUAGCAAGUUCAUGAAUUGUAAAUCGGAAGUAGUUCAUUGCGGAGAAGAUAGAAGUUACUGUAAGAAGUUCUUGGUUUCUGUAUUUGAUAGCCUCCUGAGAAGUUAAAGAAGUUUUUGGUUUCUGUGUUUGA